AUGGGUAUUGACGGAGGAGAAGAUCGUGAUGGUGAAGGGGUUAUGAUGCCCGGAGAUUUCUUCUGGUCAUAUACCGAUGAACCACAUGCUUCUCGCCGUCGUUUAAUUCUCUCCAAAUACCCGCAAAUUAAGGAACUCUUUGGUCCUGAUUACUCCGCAUUAUUCAAGAUUAGUAUUGUUGUUUUACUUCAGCUUGGUACUGCUAUUGUACUUAAGGAUGCAGGAUGGCUGAAGAUACUUCUAGUAGCUUAUUUUUUCGGUUCAUUUCUCAACCACAAUCUUUUCUUGGCAAUCCAUGAGCUCAGUCACAACCUAGCUUUCUCAUCUCCAGUAUACAACCGUUGGCUCGGGAUUUUCGCUAACCUCCCUAUAGGCGUACCCAUGUCAGUAACCUUUCAAAAGUAUCACUUGGAGCACCAUCGUUUCCAAGGCGUGGACGGGAUUGAUAUGGAUGUCCCUAGUAUCGCGGAAGCGCGGGUUGUAACAAAUGUUCUUGCGAAAACCAUUUGGGUGUUUUUGCAGCUAUUCUUUUACGCGUUUCGGCCGUUGUUUCUCAAACCGAAGCCUCCUGGUAUAUGGGAGUUUAUGAACUUCUCUAUUCAGAUUGCACUUGAUGUGUCAAUGGUUUAUUUCUGGGGAUGGAAAUCGUUGGCUUAUCUCAUACUUGCCACAUUUGUUGGUGGAGGGAUGCAUCCAAUGGCGGGUCAUUUCAUUUCAGAACAUUAUAUAUUCAAACCUGAACAAGAGACAUAUUCUUACUAUGGACCUUUGAAUCUUCUCACAUGGCAUGUAGGUUAUCACAAUGAACACCAUGAUUUUCCGAGAAUUCCAGGACACAAACUUCACAAGGUGAAGGAGAUUGCUCCUGAGUAUUAUGAUAGUUUGUCGUCGUAUAAAUCUUGGAGUCAGGUUAUUUACAUGUAUAUUAUGGAUAGUACAGUUGGACCUUAUAGUAGAAUGAAGAGAAAGCCUAGCAAAAAUGAAUGA